UCUGGUGACUGCAGACGCCAGAUAACUAGGGGUGGUGCAAAGCAUUGCCGUACCUACUAAAAUUUGGCUUUUCUGCGAAGUAGCCAUUAAUUAAGCAUUAAUGGAUAUGUAACCAACAGACCACCAGUGAAAUUGUCGUCCGACAGCUAAAUUUGGGUUUUUAAGCUGCGAAAGGGCUUCACGUUGGCAGCUACCGAAGUCCAAUACCAAUGGCCAGCCGUAUAUGUUGCAAUUUUCCUCAUUUACUUUCGAGAUGAAAAGCUUAUUGGUUGCAAACUCUUUGCCGGACAUUGUCUAUUUUUGGGCCGACGAAAAGUUUACGGAGCACUUGAACGGUGUUUUUUUAAAAGAAGCAGUUAUCAACGAAGAUGACGACAUGAGGACUGUUGAUUUGAACAUGGUGUUGCAAUACUUUUCUCCUUUACUCGUGUCUCAGAGUUCCAUGCAAAGACUUGGAUGUGCAUACAAAUCGAUCACUCUUGGAAAUGGCAUGGUCAUUGUCCUUGACCAGAAAGAUGAUCAUGUCUACUUGGCCAUGAACGGUGAUGGACAAGAAUCCGAAGACUUCUUGAGAAAGAAACUUCGUACAUUCCAGUGUAUUGUGCGCUUCCAUUUUGGACUCAGUCUGGACUUGUUGAAACCUAGUAACAGACAGUCUCGCAAAAAUCUCUGGGAUUCCCUGAGUAACAUUCUGACAACAUAUUGUUACCUUUCCAGUCAACAGCAAGCAUUUCUUGUUGGAGCGUUGGAGAUGAUUGAUAUAAAUGAUGUUCUUAAUGAGAUGUGUCUUCAUAUACUUGAGGCUGUUGUGACAAAAGCCAACAGGGAAGGAGAUCCUCUUGCUAGGCAUGCAGCAAUUCUUGUGAACUCCAAAGUUCUGGCUUUAUAUACACAAAACAACGCACGCAAACUUGUUACCCACGAUGUUAUGCUACUCAUGGCAUUGCUGAACACGAAGUUCCCACCUCCGCUUCAAUCCAUCCCACUUUCGGUGAACAGAACCCCGCCGCCACUCGCUCAUGACGUCAUCCGGUUUAGCGAUGUUCACUUCAAGCCCGAAGAUUGUCCUUCUCAAGGUAUCGAUGAAGAUAGCGCGAGCUCCUCUCAGUUUGGCGAAGCGAAGUCCUCGAACGUCGACAUCAAAUCUGGGCUGAACACCUGCCAUUCGCUUUCGGAAGAUGUCUUUUAUCCAGAGUUAUCGGAGGAACGCGUUUCCACUGGCGGCGAGAAGACUGGGGAGAGUGAGGAAUUUAACAAGGAGUCCAGUGACUCGGUGGCUUCGGAUAAGUAUUUCACUCCGCCCGAAGAAAGCAUACCUGAAUCGUAUACGAGUGCCUUUUCGCCGCACAAAUCACGGUUGUUAUAUGAAGCGAGCAACAGCAGCAACAGUUACUCUGAUCCGGAUAACGAGCUCUUCCGCAGGAGGAUAUUUUUAACAUCAAUUCAAGGUUUUUAUCUACCACAUACCGUACAUUCAAUGCAGAUAUUCCCCGGUGCAAUACUACUUAUUAUAAGUGAGGUAAAAAGAAGCGACAUCGCGAAGGACUUGUGCACUCUCAUAUCGAUCAUGGCUGAUCUCAUCGAAGACAGCGUGAAAGUAAAAGAAACUUAUUUUAACAUUAUGGAGAAAGUUGAGCUGCAUUUGGGACGGAUAGUUGAAGCAUUAAUAGGAAAAACUUCAAAAAAGGAGAAAAACGUGGAAAAGCACGUCAAUGCCGUACGUCAAAAAUGGGAAAACGUCAAAUUGAAUGACCUGGCCGAUCAUGUUCAGAAAAAAGAAAAACUAAAGCCAGGUGCUCUCGAGAGUUCCCUCACCAAUCUUUUAAGAGGUUUGCAGACUCUUUUCGGCAUGAUAUACUGCUCCGGCGACACCGUCAAAGGACCGUCCAUCAGCAUCCAUCAUGCGAAAGCCUUGUACCGAAUUCAGGAGAUGGUUCAAAAAGAUCUGAAAGAUUACAAGGGAUUCUUGGCCGUGAAAAGCGAACGGAAUAUAACCUUGACGCCAUAUUUGGAUGAGUUUCCUGGAAUGGUUCACUUUCUUUAUGUCGACCGCACAACGCAUCGUGUUGUUGGGCCAUCAAUUAACACUGAAAUGUCAGAGAUUUUCAAUCCGCUUGAUCCCUCACACUACAUCAAGCAGAUUAUCUGGGAUGGAUGGAACUACAUUCAAUCGUUUCUCGUUCAGGGACACACAAGUGUGGCCGUCCGCUAUGGUGACUUUCUGCUAUCCUACGUUCUUUGGUUUGAAGACCGCUCAGGAAAUCAAAGACCUGUGAAAGACACGAAUGCAUUUUCCACACCCUUCCCGACAGCACCCGGUAUCUUUGGCUUGUCUUUUUACAGUGAGCUGAAACGACGUUGUUUCCCUUCAAUGACACAAGAAAAGAUUCAUUGUCGCGAGCUUUUUUGUAUGCACUUGGGGGCAUUACCGGUGAGUCAAGCGGCGGAUCAUGCCAGCAGGCUUGCAGCCAAGUUGGGUGGAACGAUGAUGAUACCGCUGUUAUUGUGAACAUCACGGUAAGAUGACGUGGAAACGAAAUUGAGCAUGACGAAUUCUAAUUGGCAUUGGCUACUUUAUUUGGAGUCAGCCACCUUUUAUGGCAUUUACAGCUGUGAUAAACGGCAAAAACGAAAUCUGCGUUUUUUACAAACGAAGCGAUGAACACAAUCUCAAUAUAUUUAUCGUGAUAAAUUGUAUUAUCACGCUGAUUUGUAAAUAUGACAAUGCGUACAUUGAUUUUUUAUAGAAGCAUUCCCUAGCAUUCCCUAUGUAACGCCGGUCAGGGCUCAAAAUAACGGCCGGUCAGCGGCCCAUUUUCGAUUCAUGGCAACAUCCGUAAGCAACUAAGGACCUUGUGGUUGGUAACGGGAAAAUGUAGUAAAACAAUGCGUCGUAACCAGCAUGUUUUGCGCUGUUGUUUUCCUGACAAUCGGAUCUUUUAGCCCCCCCAAAUCACGUGUAAAAUGCUUGUUCAUUUUACACUUUGCAAUAACAUACUUCAGUUUAGCUUCAGUUAAAACUAAUUAUUUGCUGGCUAAACUUGUAUGGAAGGGGGUUUUCGUACAGUCGCGAACCAACCGGAUCUUUUAUUCCUGCAAAUAAAAUUUUUCAGCAAAAUUAUUAUUCAUUUGUAUAAAAAAUCAAAUCGAUUCACAGUCUCUCCAGUGAAUGAACAAAAAAAUAUUUGCAUUGUGGGAGUAAAAAAUACGCUGGCUUCGCUACUGUUUUAUACUACAUAUAGUGGUCUGAUUAGAUUUUUUGGCCCAUUCAUCAACACUUAAUUUUCAUGUGUUUGGGCGAUGUUGCCCAUGUGAGAAUUUCUCCCAAUAAGUAAGGCAAUGCAUUAUAGCGUUUUGAACGCUUUGAACGUCUGCCGUGAGAAUCUUUUGUCUCAAAAUAAACAUCCUUUCCGCCUAAUUUUGCGCAAAUUAUGCAAAUUAGUAACCUUGACCUUCAUAUCGGUCGUUAUUAUGAACCACGCAGUUUACCUUAAACGAGUACGAGAUUUGUCUCUCAUGGUCUUCUUUAUUUUGUAUUGCUGCCUCCAGAUUUCAGCGAUUAAAUGAUUUCCUGUUCAAAAGGUCGAACGUUGAAUCUUUGUUUCGACUCAAGUUCUAUUCAAAUGCAAACAUUACAAUUAGUUUUUUCAAACGAAUAAAUCAAUGAUAAAAAAAUUUAGAGAUGUAUAGUUAUAUGUAAUAAGAUUACCUUGAAUUAUUGUACUCGUGAAGUUCGCGAAGCUGUUCUCUGAAAUAAAAGAAAAUAUUAUACUCGA